AUGACGUCUACACAGAGGGGGCCAGGGAAGGGAUGGGUACUCUUGUUGUUGUUGGCAUCUUUCUCUCAGGCUGAAGAGCCAGUGUGCAGGCUGAUUGGGGAUCCAGAGAAUCCACAACUAUCUAAGGAUGGGGACAUUUUGUUAGGAGGAAUCUUUUCUUUCCACAACAAGUGGAAAAACAGACUGGAAACCUACAUGCAAAAACCACUGCCACUGCAAUGCACCAGUUUGAAUUUCAGAGGGUUCCAGUAUGCCCAGGCUAUGCUCUUCGCCAUAGAAGAGAUUAAUAACAGCACAGAUUUAUUGCCUGGCAUUUCUCUGGGAUAUAAGUUCUAUGAUGAUUGUGUCUUCAUUGCCAGAGGAGUGACAGUAGCUCUGGCCUUGGCUAACGGCAAUGAAGUGAUAUUUGCACCAUCUGAGGCACCAUGUAGCAGACCUGCCCAAGUGCAGGCCAUUUUGGGAGGGACAUUUUCCUCUCCUUGCAUGGCUAUAUCUACUGUCAUCGGACCCUUUAAUAUCCCACUGAUCAGCCACCUUGCUACUUGUGCUUGUCUCAGUGAUAAAACCAAGUACCCAUCAUUCCUUAGAACAAUACCCAGUGACUACCACCAGAGCAGAGCCCUGGCCCAGUUGGUCAAGCACUUUGGUUGGACUUGGGUUGGAGCAAUUAGAAUAAAUAAUGAUUAUGGCAAUAAUGGCAUGGCUACAUUUAUAGAAACUGCCCAGCAGCUGGGUAUCUGUCUGGAGUACUCUGUGUCGGUCUUGAGAACAGAUCCGCCACACAAAAUAGUAAAGAUAGUUGAUAUUAUCAAAGCUUCAACUUCCAAGGUGAUUGUCACUUUCCUCUCACCCACAGAGUUGCAUAUGAUUAUACAGGAGUUGUCUCACCAUAACUUGACUGGGUACCAGUGGGUAGGCACUGAGGCCUGGAUCUUUGAUUUCCAAACGGCAGCUGUGGAUAAGCAUCACGUACUCGAUGGUGCAAUAGGUCUGUCCAUCCCCAAAGCACAUGUCAGUGGCAUGAGAGAGUUCAUUUUGGAUGUGAAGCCACUAAAUUCAUCGAGUGAUGAAUUGUUUACAGAGUUUUGGGAGACAUUGUUUAGCUGUAAGUUUACACUUUCAAAAUCAUCAGCAGAGAAUCAGAGAGAAUGUACUGGACAUGAAGAUGUUACUGAAGUAGAAAACAGCUUCACUGAUAUGUCUCUCAUGCCUCUCUUUUACAAUGUUUAUAAAGGAGUGUAUGCUAUGGCCCAUGCACUUCAUAAUGUUCUCAGCUGUAAUGAAACAUGUAACAACACGGUGCAGCUAGAUCCAUUUAUGAUUUUACAGCACAUAAAAGAGGUUAACUUCAAAACAAAGGAAGGAGAUGAGGUUUACUUUAAUGAGAAUGGAGACCCAGCAGCAAAGUAUGAAAUUAUUAACUGGCAGCCAACUGAAAAUGGCAUUGUGGACUUUGUCACAGUUGGUCUUCAUGAUGCAACUUUACCUGCAGAUAAACAGCUGAAACUGCAAAGUCAGUCUUUAAUUUGGGCCCAGAACUCACAACAGGUGCCUUUGUCAGUUUGUAGUGAGAAAUGCCCCCCAGGAACUCGCAAGGUUCUGCAGAAAGGAAAGCCCGUUUGUUGCUAUGACUGUUUAAGAUGUGCAGAGGGAGAAAUCAGCAAUGCCACAGACUCUAUCACCUGUAUGAGGUGUGACCCUGAGUUCUGGUCAAAUGAAAGAAGAGAUUCCUGUAUUAAGAAGGAGGAAGAGUUUCUCUCAUAUGAAGAGAUUAUGGGAAAACUUCUUACAGCAGCUUCCUUGUUUGGAACAUGCAUGACUGCUGUUGUGGCGUUCAUUUUCUUCAGAUACAGACAGACUCCUGUUGUCAGAGCCAACAACUCUGAGCUGAGCUUCCUGCUGCUCUUCUCUUUGACUCUGUGUUUCCUGUGUUCUCUGACCUUCAUCGGCCGGCCCUCUGAGUGGUCCUGCAUGCUGCGACACACAGCAUUCGGCAUCACCUUUGUCCUCUGUAUUUCUUGUGUUCUGGGGAAAACAAUAGUGGUGUUAAUGGCCUUCAAGGCCACACUCCCAGGUAGUGAUGUGAUGAAAUGGUUUGGGCCUACACAGCAGAAACUCAGUGUCCUGGGUUUCACUCUUGUACAAGUAUUAAUUUGCAUACUAUGGCUGACAAUCAAUCCUCCCUUUCCUUCUAAAAAUGUGUUACUAUAUAAUGAUAAAAUCAUCUUAGAGUGUGCUCUGGGCUCAGCUGUAGGCUUUUGGGCUAUCCUUGUGUACAUAGGACUUCUGGCCAUGUUAUGUUUUAUUCUUGCUUUUCUGGCUCGGAAACUGCCUGAUAAUUUCAAUGAAGCCAAAUUUAUCACCUUUAGCAUGCUGAUAUUCUGUGCAGUAUGGAUCACUUUUAUCCCAGCGUAUGUCAGCUCUCCUGGCAAGUUCAGUGUAGCUGUGGAGAUAUUUGCUAUUCUGGCUUCAAGUUUUGGACUGCUUUUUUGUAUUUUUAUUCCAAAAUGUUAUAUUAUCUUACUGAAACCUGAAAAAAAUACAAAAAAGCACAUGAUGGGGAAGGGAGAACCAAAAUCUUUUUGA